GAGAAGGAGAGAUCUUUGUUACAAACUUCCGUCCCUCCUCCUGCUUCUGUUCCCUUACCCUCUGCCCCCUGCAGAGUUCUGUUUUCUGGGAAUCAGCAAGUAAGAUCACAAGUAGUCUUUUCUUUUUUCACUCUCUCCCAUAAAGAAAGCUUUAUCACGUGCGGCCUUAAACUUGCAGCAAAUUGCAAAGAAAUGGCUCAAAGGCUUCAGCUCUUUCUGUGCCCUGGGAGCUGAGAUGCACGUCAGUGGCUUUGCCAGCGUGGCCUGUUCCCUGCAGACUGCCAGAGAAAAGAGGCCAAGAGGAAAGAGAAAAGAGAAGAAACUGGCCAGGGGUGAGACCAUGCCCUGUAUCUUCACUUUGCCCUGAUCUGUUCUGUGUCCAAGGAGGCUCUCCCCACCUGACAAAAUUGUUCAAAGCUGCUGUAGGAUCCACCUGCUUCUUCUUUAAGGUUCUUGAGUGUGGUCCAGCCUCUUGCUGGGCACACGGAGGGGAAAUGGCCAUCUGAUCUCCACCUACAGAGUAAAUUAUACUCCAACCCAGAGUGUUGAAGGGAAACGUUGCGGAAAUCUGUUCAAGUUGUGCGAGAAAAAGUAAGGAUUUGCCAAAUGCAAGUCCUGCUAAAUAACUGCCCUCAGUCUAUUUCUGCAAUUGCUAAUGGAGAGAGAAACAGGGCAAGGGCAAGUGUACUGAUCAGAAUCAAGGAACUUUUUCAAAAUGGACACUUCAUCCAAAGAAAAUAUCCAGUUAUUCAGCAAAAAUUCCAUGCAACCUGUUGGGAGGCUUUCUUUUAAAACAGAAUAUCCCUCCCCAAAGGAGAAACCACCCUGCUGUGGUCAACUAAAGGUGUUCUUGGGUGCCUUGUCUUUCGUAUACUUUGCCAAAGCACUGGCAGAAGGCUAUCUGAAAAGCACCAUCACUCAGAUAGAGAGAAGGUUUGAUAUCCCUUCUUCACUGGUGGGCAUUAUUGAUGGUAGUUUUGAAAUUGGGAAUCUCUUAGUUAUAGCAUUUGUUAGCUACUUUGGAGCCAAGCUUCACAGGCCAAAAAUAAUUGGAGCUGGGUGCCUGAUCAUGGGAGUUGGAACAUUGCUCAUUGCAAUGCCUCAGUUCUUCAUGGAGCACUACAAAUAUGAAAGGUAUUCUCCUGUCUCCAAUUCCACUCUCAGCAUCUCUCCAUGUCUCCUGGAUUCAAACAAUUCAUUACCAAUUCCAGUUGUGGAAAAAUCACAAUCCAAAAUAAAUAAUGAAUGUCAAAUUGAUGCCAGCUCCUCCAUGUGGGUUUACGUCUUCCUGGGAAACCUUCUUCGUGGAUUUGGAGAAACUCCCAUUCAGCCUCUAGGCAUUGCCUACCUUGAUGAUUUUGCUAGCCAGGACAACGCAGCUUUCUAUAUUGGAUGUGUGCAGACGGUUGCAAUUAUAGGACCAAUCUUUGGCUUCCUGUUAGGCUCGUUAUGUGCCAAACUGUAUGUUGACAUUGGCUUUGUAAAUCUAGAUCAUAUAACCAUCACCCCAAAGGACCCACAGUGGGUAGGUGCCUGGUGGCUUGGCUAUCUCAUAGCAGGAAGCAUCACUCUUCUGGCAGCUGUGCCUUUCUGGUGUUUACCAAGGACUCUACCAAGACCCAGGAGCAGAGAGGACUCCAGUUCUUCCUCUGAGAAAUCUAAGUUUAUUAUGGAUGAUCACACAGACUACCAAACACCUCCUGGAGAAAAAGCAAAAAUCAUGGAAAUGGCAAGAGAUUUUCUGCCAUCACUGAAGGGUCUUUUUGGAAAUCCAGUGUACUUCUUAUAUUUGUGUGCAAGCACCGUUCAGUUCAAUUCUUUAUUUGGCAUGGUAACUUACAAACCGAAGUACAUUGAGCAACAGUAUGGGCAGUCAGCCUCUAAGGCCAACUUUGUUAUCGGGCUCAUCAACAUACCUGCAGUGGCCCUUGGAAUAUUCUCCGGGGGAAUAGUUAUGAAAAAAUUCAGAAUCAGUAUUCGUGGUGCUGCAAAACUUUACUUGGGAUCAUCGGUCCUUGGGUACCUCCUAUUCCUUUCCCUGUUUGCACUGGGCUGUGAAAACUCUGAUGUGGCAGGAUUAACUAUCUCCUACCAAGGAACCAAACCCGUCUCUUAUCAUGAACGAGCUCUCUUUUCAGACUGCAACUCAAGAUGCAAAUGUUCAGAGACAAAAUGGGAACCCAUAUGUGGUGAGAAUGGAAUCACCUAUGCAUCGGCUUGUCUUGCUGGUUGUCAAACCACCACCGGGAGUGGAAAGACUACUAUAUUUAAUAACUGUACCUGUGUGGGGCUUGCAGCCUCAAAAUCAGGAAAUUCCACAGGCAUGGUGGGCAGAUGUCAAAAAGAUAAUGGAUGUGCCAAAAUGUUUCUGUAUUUCCUCGUAAUUGCAGUCAUCACAUCCUAUACUUUGUCUGUAGGCGGGAUACCUGGAUACAUAUUGCUUCUGAGGUGCAUUAAACCACAACUUAAGUCUUUUGCCCUGGGUAUCUACACCUUAGCAGUAAGAGUUCUUGCAGGAAUCCCAUCUCCCAUAUAUUUUGGAGUUCUGAUUGAUACUUCAUGCCUCAAGUGGGGAUUUAAAAGAUGUGGAAGUAAAGGAUCCUGUAGAUUGUAUGAUUCAAAUGCUUUCAGACAUAUAUAUCUGGGACUAACCAUGAUGCUUGGCAUAAUGUCCAUUUUCCUAACUACUGCAGUGCUUUUCACUUUAAAAAAAAAUUAUGUUUCAAAACACCGAAGCUUCAGAACCAAGAGAGAAAGAACAAUGGUGUCAACAAGAAUCAGGAAGGAGCAUUGUACUACAAGUGAUCAUUUGCUACAACCCAACUAUUGGCCAGGCAAGGAAACACAACUUUAGAAAAAUGGUGGUGACUUGAAGCCAUGUUUUCUGAUUUCUGGAAAUUCUGCAAACCAAUUUUAAUCAGAAGGGUUUUAAAUGUGUGAAUUCUUUCUCCUUUCAAAAGGCUGUCUACUUUGUUUUUGAUACUGUACCUGAUAACAAAUAUAAUUAAUCAUGUUAUAGAAGAUGUAGAUGGUAAAGUUAAUCUUAAAUAUUUUAAUUUAUAAACAAAUUCUUACAUUAUUUACUCAUUCUGCUGAAUUUUUCCUGUGCCCAUUGACAUAUUAGCUGUACUUCUAGUAGAACAAUUGUCAAUUUAAUUUAAUGGCUGUAUGUAAUUUCCAAACUGACAUACUUGCCUAGGAUAAGAGAAUACUUAAGGAAAAACAUUAAACAUUUUGCGUGUGUGUUCAGUCA